UCGAGACUUGCAGUCAGUAGGAGCCAAGUCCGGUGUCUACUCCAUUCAACUGCCAGAAACCAGAGAGAAACUGAGAGUGUGGUGUGACAUGGACUCUGGUGAUGGCGGCUGGCUGGUGUUCCAGAGACGGCGUGACGGUUCUGUUGACUUCUACAGGAACUGGACACAAUAUGAACAGGGCUUUGGUGACAUCAGCGGGGAGUUCUGGCUGGGGUUAUCCAACCUGCACUUGCUACUCAAGAGACCACAGCGACUCCGUGUUGACCUGGGAGAGAAGAAUGGAAAACCUAUCUAUGCUGAGUACUCGUCCUUCAGAGUGGAUGGUCCUGACACAAACUACAGACUGUUCACAUCUGGCUACUCGGGUGAUGCAGGUGACAGCCUGACUUAUCAUGAAGGAGACAUGUUUUCAACCUUUGACCGCGACAAUGACAAAUCCGACACUCUCAACUGCGCUGUGUAUUUUAAAGCUGCCUGGUGGUUCCGAGGCUGUUACAACGCCAACCUCAACGGUCAGUACCACGUGGAUACCUACGGCGUCAGUUGGUAUCUGAAAUACCAAGAUUGGAGAAGCUUCUCAUUCUCUGAGAUGAAACUGAGACCAGCCUAGCAUCGCCUUGUCUCCUGUGGUCUCACUGUUCUCACUGUCAGUCGGUCGUACACGACAGGUUUCACUGACGAGGUCACUCAGUGCAUACUGCUCUCGUCGUGUUAGCAACCAACUUUGUUUACUCUGAUGGUGGUCCUGAUUGUGGUCUGAUAUUACACUAAAACUGUUGUAUUGUUUCUCUAAGAUUUAGUUUUACUUGUAUCAAUCAAUAAGUUUAUAAUGUAAAGAAAUUCAAUUAUAAAUAUUUGAGUAUAUUCACAGCACACUGUUCUCAGCCAUAAAUUGAAGUAUUAUGAAAAAUUGAUCGGUAUUUGCAAAACGCAAUUACAAUUUUAUGUUUCAAUGUUGGCAUUUGUUUACACGCUUGACUUUAUGCAAUUACUUCCCUUUAUAUUCUCUAUUCCCUCUCUUUAUAUGUAAAUGUGUCUUUAAUUAUGAUAACGGCAAUUGAUAAUAUCACAUUUAUCUCACACCAUUGUGAACCAAAAAUUAUUUUAAUAUUUUGUUUCUCGAACUAUUGCGUACAAACAGUCAAGACACUAACCUGAUCAUACGACUCUCUCUGUCUCUCUCUCUCUCUGCCUCUACCUGUCUAGUAUUGUAUUUACCUGUAUCUCUGUCUCUCGCUGUCUGUCCCUCUCUGUCUCUGUUUCUCUGUAGUAAACGCAUUUUGUAACUACGGUCGUGCAUGUCCGAAAGUCAAAUAAUGAAGUUUACAGAGAAUAAUUAUCAAACAAGCAUUGAACUAAUUUGCUGUAUACAUGUAUUCCUUCUAUUGCUUAUUUUCUUUCAAUUAUAUUUUUUCUAACAAGCUAAUUGUGCGGAUUUACCUGUUGGUGUUGUAAUGUGGGGAGAGUGUAGUUAUUCAGUGCACACCUGGCUCCAUGACAGUCUUGUUGUUUAUUUACACUGUUGACUAGACUAGUACAUUGAUGUGUACUUUCUAUUCGCUCCCUUGUAACGUACACAGUCACUGAUGAUAACGGUGAUGACAAUAUCACAACUGUGACACACAUGCAGGAAACAUAAACUAUUUCUCUUUCAAAGUGAAGUGUACAAACACAGACACGUUGACUAAAGGCGAUAGGUGCUUGACAACACCUGCGCUCUG